AUGGUGAUGGAGAUGGAGACCGACAUGGACGGGGUGCUCCAGCGCUUCGACGUCGACCUUCUCCUCGAUGGCCACGGUGACGGCGACGCCCGGGGGAGCAGCGACAGCCCAUGUGCAGGUGGGAGCGCGAGCGCCGGCCCGCCGCAGGACAACAAGGAGGCCGCCGUCGGUGGCGCGGUGAAGGAGCGGAUCGCGCGGGCGCUGAGGAUCUACAAGGACGGCGGCGGAGGCGGUGCGCUGGUGCAGGUGUGGGCGCCGGCGCGGGACGGGGACCGGCGGGUGCUGGCCACCCGGGGCCAGCCGUUCGUGCUGCCGCCGCCGCGGUGCCACCGCCUGUUCCAGUACCGGACGGUGUCGCUCACGCACGCCUUCCCCGUCGGCGGCGCCGCCGUGCCCGGGGAGCGGGGCCUGCCGGGGCGGGUGUUCGACGCCGGGGAGCCCGAGUGGACGCCCAACGUGCAGUACUACGGCACCGGCGAGUACGCGCGCAUCAGCUACGCGCUCAUCUACGAUAUCCAGGCCGCGCUCGCGCUGCCCAUCCUUGACCCCGCCACGGGGUCCUGCCUCGCCGUGCUCGAGCUCGUCACCACCUCGCCCAGGCUCCACUUCGCCGCCGAGGUCGACAGCCUCUCCAAGGCGCUCCAGGCAGUGGCGUUGAGAGGCUCCGAGAUCUGCCGCCGCCCCGCGCCCGAGGUCUGCAACGACGAUGAGGCGGCGGCUCAGGUGGCCAUGUCCGAGGUCGCAGACAUCUUGAACAAAGUGGGGGAGGCUCACAAGCUGCCACUAGCGCAGGCCUGGGCGAGGUGCAGGCGCUGCAGCACGGGCACGGAGCACGCCUCCCUGACGGCGGCCGGCACGCCGUUCUACCUCGCCGGCGCAGACCCAACCAUCCUCGGCUUCCACGAGGCCUGCGUCGAGCACCAUCUGCGGUCCGGCCGGGGCGGGCUCGUCGAGGAGGUGGCCGCGGCGCGCCGGCCCCGCUUCUGCGCCGACGUCACCAAGUACUCCAUGGACGCGUACCCGCUCGCGCACCACGCGCGGUUCUGCGGCCUGGCCGGCUGCCUCGCCGUGUGCGCGCAGCUGCGCCGCCGCGUCGACGACGCGUCCAUGGACAUGGACGGCGGCGGCGGCUGGGAUGAGUGCGUGCUGGAGUUCUUCCUCCCGCCGGACUGCAGGGACGGCGCGGCGCAGAAGGCGGCAGCGGACGCCGUCGCGGCCACCAUCAUGGAGCGCUAUGGCAGUGGCGAUCUGAAGGCGGUCGUGAUAAGCGGGUUGCAGGAUUUGGCUUUUGAGAUCUUUGCAGAUGGCGAGUGCGUGCUUCGGCCUGAUCGUGUAACCAUGGCUGAUGCCCCCGAGCUUGAGCUGAACUAUCAUGGAGGAGAUGAGCGGGAUUCAGAUGAGGAGGGUCUACAUCUGGUGGCAGUUAUGGGUACUGCAGACACUGAAGCACUCAAGAUGCACCAUGACGAACACCAUGGUGACGAGGAUCCAAGAUCACAAGUUGGUAAGAAGACGACGAAAAGGAAAGGUGAAAAAACUGUCAGUUUGGAAGAACUGCAGCACUACUUCUCUGGAAGCCUGAAAGAUGCAGCCAAGAGCCUUGGUGUUUGUCCAACAACGAUGAAGCGCAUCUGCAGACGGCACGGCAUCUCCAGGUGGCCAUUCCGCAAGCUCGCCAAGGCGAACCGCUCCCUAGACAAGAUCAAGCGCGUCUUUGAGUUGGUGCAAGGCUCAUCACAGACCAUGGCCGCUUCUGCUCCUGCUGUGGCUGCUGCGUCUCAGCAAGCUCCAGCUGUGGCUGCUGCUGCUCGCCGUGCUCCUGCCUUACCAUGCCUAUCAAGUGCUCUGAGAGUGGCGUCCUCCCAAGGCUCAUGCCAAGCGCCGCCGCCUCCUCUGAAGGAGGCCACAUGGCGCAAGCCUUUGCCCGGUGGAGACGCCAGCGUGGUGACUGUCAAAGCGAGCUAUAGAGGGGACAUCAUCAGGUUCAGGGUGCCGAGCUCCGCAGGCGUCGCGACGGUGAAGGGGGAGGUGGCCAAGCGGCUGGGGCUGGAGGCCGGCGAGUUCGACGUCAAGUACCUGGACGAUGACAACGAGUGGGUGCUCUUGUCCUGCGACGCCGACUUCCAGGAGUGCCUCGAUGUCGUCCCGGCGUUGUCAGGCGCGUCAACAUCGUCUGGCUCCGGGACGGCUCAGCCGGUGGUCAGGCUGAUGGUGCAGGAGGUAGCUGAGGUCCAUGGGAGCUCCUGUGUCAGCUCAGAUUAG